GAACUGGUGUUGCUAAACGCAUUAAUUAAUGAUAUUGAGUCAAGAGCAGUCUUCACCCACUGUUACGGCCAUGCUCUAAAUCUCGCUGCAAAUGACACCCUAAAGCAAUCAAAGUUGAUGAAAGAUGUACUAGACACAAGUUGGGAGAUCACAAAACUGAUCAAAUAUUCCCCACGUAGGGAGGGGAUAUAUAGGAAGUUGAAGGAGAGCUUGCCAGCUAGUAGUACAGGUAUCAGAGUACUCUGCCCUACUAGCUGGACAGUGAGAGCUGAUACGCUCUCAAGCAUUAUCAGUAACUAUGAGGCAUUGCAGAAUACAUGGGAGGAGGCCCUUGCAAUAACAAGGGACACAGAGGCCAAGGCCAGAAUCCAAGGGGUGUCAGCCCAAAUGGAUAUGUUUCAGUAUUUGUAUGGUAUCAUGCUAAGUGAAAUGAUAUUAAGACAUGCGGACAAUCUGAGUAGAACUUUACAACAUAAGUCUUUGUCUGCAGAAGAAGGUCAACAAGUUGCUCAGAUGACUGUUGAUACAAUCACAUCGCUUCGAAAUGAUGAUGCCUUUGACCUGAUGUGGGAGAAAGUGAGUAGGAAAGCCAGAUCUUUGAAUGUCAGUGACCCACAGCUACCCCGAAGGAGGAAAAUGCCUAGGAGGCUUUGUGAGGGUUCGUGUGAAGGGGACUUUCAUGAGACCCCAAAAGAACACUAUAGAGGGACUUUCAUGAGACCCCAAAAGAACACUAUAGACAGUGCUAUUAUGAAGUACUUGAUCUCAUUAUCAACUGUAUUCGAUCUCGAUUUGAUCAGCCUGGCUACAGAAUAUAUCAUUCUUUGGAGACACUUUUGAUUAAGGCAGCCAAACAGCAGGAGUUAGAAGAUGAUCUGAAAGCGGUUUGUGCAUUCUAUAAAGAUGACUUUGACCAGGAGAUGUUGUAUGCACAACUUCAAACGUUUGGAGUCCACUUCCAACAAACGUAUCAACUUCAAUCAAAGGAGGCCAGCACAAAGAUGACCAUCUUUGACAUAAAGUCUUAUUUUCUUUUGUUGUCUCAUGGUCAGAGGGUCCAUUUAUCACAAGUGAAACGCAUUUUUCAACUUGUGUUGGUCAUGCCAACCACCAAUGCGUCAUCUGAAAGAUCAUUUAGUGCGCUGAGACGACUCAAAAGCUACCUUAGAACAACUAUGAUGCAAGAGAGGCUAAACUAUCUCAUGCUACUUUAUGUCCACAAGAACAGGACAGAUGCACUGGACCUGAAAGCAAUUCUAAAUGACUUUGUGGGAGAAUCAGAGCACUGAUCAAACAUUUUGCCAAGUUCUGAUACAUGUUGACUUUAGGCAUUUGGUGUGCGAUGUGAUGUUCUGGCCAUGUAUUACGCUGAAAUACACACAGUGUUCUGGAACAGUUUCUGUGAAGACUUGACUGCUUUCUAAUUAAAUGGUUGUACGAUUUUGUUCUUUGUUGUUGAGUGAAAUGCUUUUUGUCUCAGACAUUAAUAUCAAUCACAGCAUAUAACUAUUAAUUUUAUCUUUCGCCGGACCAUUUUUU